UCUAACGAGGUCAUGACGGCAUUGAGCUGCGCCGCGGAGUGUUGUUAUGGUUUGGUUUGUCAGAGCAGAUUCUUUCAGCCAAGCAACAACGGAGGAUUGCACUUUUGGAGUUUAAAAGGAGCUGCAGAACCGAACAAAGAGCUGCCCUCUUCUGGACAGUAAGCUGCUGCUGCCUCCAGGAUGGGCCAGCAGAUCUCAGGUCAGCUGGUGAAACAUGCUGGACUGGUCCGGGAAAGUGGUAACCUAUCUUACGAGGAGUUCCUGGCUAGAGUGGCAGAACUUAAUGACGUGACGGCCAAGUUAGCUGCUGGGCAGCAGAAUCACCUUCUGUUUGAAGUUCAGCCCAGCUCGGACGCCUCGGCCCUCUGGAAGGUGGCCGUCCGGAUCCUCUGCACCAAGAUAAACAAGGAGAACGGCACCGUGGAGGCGUCACGCAUCAUGAACCUGUACCAGUUCAUCCAGCUUUACCGUGACAUCACUAGUCAGGCUGCCGAGGUGCUGUCUGCAGAAGGAGCCAUCGAAGGUCCGUCUGAGCGGCUGUCCUCCACCGACUCCUGCCAGGCCAGCAUGUGGAUGGGGAGGGUGAAGCAGCUGACCGAUCAGGAGGAGUGCUGCAUCUGUAUGGACGGAAAGGCCGACCUCAUCCUGCCCUGCGCUCACAGCUUCUGUCAGAAAUGCAUAGAUAAAUGGAGCGGGCAAAGCCGGAACUGCCCGAUAUGCCGCCUGCAGGUGACGGCUGCCAAUGACUCCUGGGUGAUGUCCGACUUUCCCUCUGAGGAUGAAGUAGUUGGAUACAUCCUGAACCUGGCCGAUGAGGCGGGUCACCCCCACAGGCCGUAACACACUGUGCUCUGAGCCAACAAAGUUUCAUUUCUGAAGUUUAUUUUUUUAAUAAAAUUCUUAUUUUCAGAA